AAGGAGGGAGGGAACCAAACAGGAGCCAGAUGUGUGCGAGUACCCCCAGCUCCUGCCUGCCUCCUCCCUUCUCUCGGGCUUCUUAAAACCCGGAGCGCUGACAGAGGGGGAUCCGGAGGCAGGCAGACGCCGAGCAAACAACUCCACUCCACGGCUCCUCCCGGAGUGGAAGCCCGGAGGGAGGGGGGAAAGGAAGACGGGCAUGCUCAGUAGGCGGGACAAAGUUUUUUUUUUUCUCUCUCUCCCUUUUUUUUUUUCGGUCGCAAGUAGGAAGCUUUUUGCACUCCACCACCUCUGGCCGCUGGGAAGACGUCAUCGCUUCCGCCCUACUUCCUCCUCCUGUUGGCGGCGGUGAGAAUCCAAUAUGGAGUAAAUCGGUGGAGUCGAGAGAUGGGGCUCGGACGGGGCGCCCUGCACCGCCUCCCAGGCGCACCUCCCCCGGCCGCCGACCGCUCCCCGGAACCGUGAUUGGCCCGGCCCCCCCUGGGGCGACCCCGGACCGAGCCCCCACCCGCGGCCGGCCAUCUCGUCCUCCUCCUCUCAGCAGUCCCCGCCGCUCCACGGCGCGCUUGUUUUUCUCCUCCUCUCCCCACCGCCGUCCCCUGCCCAAAUCUCUCCCCCUCCGCCGCUCCCGAGCCCCAGGAGUCCCCGCCCGCCUCGCCCCUAGGCGCUACGGCGCUCACUGCCCCCGCAGCUUGCCUUUGCACCCCUUCCUCCAAACCUCGCCCGGCGCUCCGGUCGCCCUGCUUCCCCUUCUGCCUUCUGCGGCGCCCCCUUCAUCUUUAGCCGCUCCCCCCCCAACCAAAUCAGGCGAUCUCCGGAGAUGUGAAGAAGGCGGGUGAGCGGACAGGAAGAUGAAGGGAGCAAAGCUGCCCGCCGCGGGACAGGCGUCUAGGUGAACAGGAAAAUGACCGAAGAAACACACCCGGACGAUGACAGCUAUAUUGUGCGUGUCAAGGCUGUGGUUAUGACCAGAGAUGACUCCAGCGGGGGAUGGUUCCCACAGGAAGGAGGCGGGAUCAGUCGCGUGGGGGUCUGUAAGGUCAUGCACCCCGAAGGCAAUGGACGAAGCGGCUUUCUCAUCCAUGGUGAACGACAGAAAGACAAACUGGUGGUAUUGGAAUGCUAUGUAAGAAAGGACUUGGUCUACACCAAAGCCAACCCAACCUUUCAUCAUUGGAAGGUCGACAAUAGGAAGUUUGGACUUACUUUCCAAAGCCCUGCUGAUGCGCGAGCCUUUGACAGGGGAGUGAGGAAAGCAAUCGAAGACCUUAUAGAAGGCUCAACAACGUCAUCUUCCACCAUCCAUAAUGAAGCCGAGCUUGGUGAUGAUGACGUUUUUACAACAGCUACAGAUAGUUCUUCUAAUUCCUCUCAGAAGAGGGAACAACCUACCCGGACAAUCUCCUCUCCCACAUCCUGUGAGCACCGGCGGAUUUACACCCUGGGCCACCUCCACGACCCGUACCCCGCGGACCCCUAUCACCUCGAACAGCCGAUGCCAAGGCCCUACCGCCAGGUGAGCUUCCCAGACGACGAGGAGGAGAUCGUGCGCAUUAACCCCCGGGAGAAGAUCUGGAUGACGGGAUACGAGGAUUACCGGCACGCGCCCGUGAGGGGCAAGUACCUGGACACCUCGGAGGACGUGGACUCCUACGUGCGCUUCGCCAAGGGCGAGGUCCCCAAGCACGACUACAACUACCCCUACGUGGACUCCUCAGACUUUGGCCUCGGCGAGGACCCCAAAGGGCGCGGGGGUGGCGUGAUCAAGACGCAGCCGGCCCGGGGCAAGUCCCGGCGGCGGAAGGAGGACGGCGAGCGCUCCCGGUGCGAGUACUGCAGGGACAUGUUCAACCACGAGGAUAACCGGAGGGGCCACUGUCAGGACGCGCCCGACUCCGUGAGAACUUGCAUCCGCCGGGUGAGCUGUAUGUGGUGUGCAGACAGCAUGCUCUAUCACUGUAUGUCGGACCCCGAGGGAGACUAUACAGACCCAUGCUCGUGCGACACUAGCGACGAGAAGUUUUGCCUCCGGUGGAUGGCUCUUAUUGCCUUGUCUUUCUUGGCCCCCUGUAUGUGCUGUUACCUGCCCCUUCGGGCCUGCUACCACUGCGGAGUGAUGUGCAGGUGCUGCGGCGGGAAGCACAAAGCGGCCGUGUGACUCGGUGCCCCUCCCUCCCGCUCCUCCGUCCACGGUCGCAAGGGAACUUGUCUUCUCCACCCUCUCAUCUUCUCCCCUGCUCCCUGGUACCUGGCGGGCGCCCUUCCGGCCUGGGGAACCUCCCCGGUGGACUCUGCCCUCCCCCCAGCCCCCCACUCUGCGUCAGCCACACACCCAUACACGCACACAGUGUUCUAAGGAAAGCAACCUCCGCAGAGACUCUUGUGUAUUAGCGAUCUGUAAUCAAGCUGUCUUAUCCGUGUUGAUUUCCUGUCCUUCCUCCCCACCUCUUCCAGUUCAAAGUCACCUGUAGUCGGAACUGCUGAUCUUUGGUGGGUGUUGUAGGUGGUUUUUUCCAGGAGCGUGGAAGACCCCCUUUCUCUUGGGUCAGCUUGACUGUUGCUAAUGAGCAUCAUCGGGGUCCUGCGGAAAUGUGAUGUUAGAAUGAUGAAACCCUGCCAGAAGUAUUUUAACCUGCAGUCGGUUGUUGUGUAUAGGAGGUGAGCUAGUUAACUUCUACCACAAAACAAGAUCGCUUUAACUUGUCCAAAGCCGCAUUUCCCCCGUAAGCUGCAGUGUCUAUCUUGAGCCCAUCAUCGUGUUCUGCGCCCCACUCAUCCAAAUCUUGUCAGUUAUUCACUGAUGCGAACAUUCUACCCGUAAAGCGACUGAGAAUUGAGCCUUAACUUCAGAUUAACUUGUGCGAAUCAGGAAAAUUCCGUAAACUGCAUCGCGUCCUCUCGGACCAGGGCUAGAAAGGGGGUUUCAGGUCUUUCUGAGCCUCCCCAGGUACCCCUAAAGUAGAACUUUUUAAAAUUAUGUCACCACCACUUCUAAAACUUUAGCAAUAUUAGAAGAAAAUGCUAAUGAAGUAAGAAAUUUUGCUCAUUGUUCUGCAAACCAAGUAGUCUAUUCAAACACAAACCAGUGUUCUCCAAAAAAAGUUGCAAGUGAAAAAACACUAAGGUUGUAAUAAUAAAACUCUAAGAGCUUUUUUCCCCCCAGUGGCUAUUUUCUAUUAACCGGGGGAAAUUUUAAAUGUCAUAAAUUGGAAGAGUGGUGGGUUGCCCUUUUUUGUUCAUGGGUUUGUGGGGUUUUUUUCAUUUUGGACUCAAUUUCACAUCACCAAAUUCUUCAUUUCUACUUGGGAAAAAACAUGGCCAUAUGUAAAAACCCUUCUGAUGCCUAAGUGUCUUUCUCCUGCAACCCCAAACCCAGACUUGCCACUUUGGGUGCACAGACGGUCAAGUCAGCAGGCUGGGUCUACCUGUCGCCUUGCCACAUAGGAGGCUUCUAAUUAGCUGGGAAAGAGUAUUUUUCUAAUGUAUUGCAAAGAAUAGCCAAAUCUUCUUGCUGCAGAAAGAAGAAAAGUGAAGAGUGAUUACCUGUACCUAGCAUAGUACAAUCAGAACGGCCUGGAGACCACGGGGGACAGGCUUGUUGGCGCUGGCUGUUCUUCCUGCCAUAAUCUUCCUGUGGUCAUUGCCAGCUGAGGGUGUUGCCUGGUCCCUCUCUCCCUGCUUCCCUCAUCCCUUCUCUGUUGCACACAGGACAUCCGUCUUCAAGGAAAGGGACUUUCUUCUUCCAGUCUGCCAAUCGUACGGGGAAAAUGCUAGCCACGCUUACCUUCAUGGCAAUGUUUUCAGCUCAUCUGACAGCCCAUCGCAUUUCUUUAGUCAGGUCGUCGGUGUAAAUACCCAGUGUGCUUAUGAGUUAGUGGGUGUACGUUUUCAUUUGUUGGAGUGACUGGUUCGGGCCUUCCAGUUUGGGAAAGGAGCAGAGAGCUGUCAAUCUGGUGAUGCGAGAGCCGCCCCCCCGCCAGGAGAACAUCUCGAAAACCUGCAGCCAGCCUCCAGACGUUGUCGAGAGACCAUCUCCCCCACUCUGAGGUGCUCCCUCGGGGUCUUUCUCAAGGUCUCCUCUCUACAAAGCACAACACUAAUGUAUGUUUUGUUAGACCUCAGUUCACGUGCCCCUAUUUAUUUCAGGAUAAUACACACAUCCCGCCGCUUUGUGUUUGUUGUCCCUAAUUAGUCAUUAUCUAUUUCUGUCUUCCUUUAUCUCUACUCCUUUUCCACCCCUUUGAAGAGUUAUGCUGGUGAAUCUUCUUCCGCGUACACUUUUGGUUGGUGAAGGCAGCAGUUAAGGGCACAAGGACAGCCAUGGGGACAUUGAUGUAAAUACAUCUCUCUCUAAUUACCACGCUGCAGCUGAGCAGUGUGUAGCAUUUUCCCAGUCAGCUCUGCCAUACUGACGUCAAUCAUUUGAGAGAAAUUAUUCAGAUUUUAUUUUUGUAUCUGUGGUAACAAAACAUUAACCAAAAGAUUUUCUGUUGGGAAGCUUCCCCCUGACCCCCUAAGCUAUUUGCUCACAUUAACAAAUUAAAGUGCCUGAAGCAUAAUUCAUUCUUUACCUGUAUACUAAAAACCCUGUUGUAUUGAUUUUUUUAUAAUAAGCCUUUUUACCUCUGUGUAAAAAAUAUAUAUACAAGUGUAUGAUGUACAUUUUAGUUCUUAACUUUUUUUUAUGGUUUCUAAUAUGUAUGACCAACGUAGCCAUUGCUUUAAAAUGUACCAUGUAAAUAUAAACACAUCCU